AUGGCAGCCGUAGCCGCCAAUAACCAAGGAACGUCGCUCGAUAUUCGAGUUGAAGACUUCCUGGACGAUAAGCUUCAGUCUACUUCCGACCUCGAAGAUCUCGACACACUUGUCGCAAAUGUUGAGCUUCAACGAAACCAGCUGCAAUCACAGCUAGAUACAGCUGUGAAAGUGCUCGAAGAGACCCGGCGCACCGCCGAUGAUCGCCAAGGGUCACUUGCUGCUCGUAUAGAAGAGUUUCAAAAGCUUCAAGAGAGCAUUGAUCUUCGUGCUCAGAUCUAUGCUGCCUCAGAUGCCCCAGAUCAAGCCAUCGAACGCCUCAAGUCGCCUAUGAACAAGAUCAAGGCCGUUGAGCGUGCCCAGAGCUACCUUUUUCUCUUGCAAGAUGCUGAAAAACUUAGAGCUGAAGCGAGAUCAUUUCUGCCUCAGAACCCCAAAGCUUCAUUGGAGCCGUACAUCAAGUUAAAACAGCAUGUUCAAAAGCUACAAGGCCUACCUGGCCAGGAGGGCCUUCACCUCGUCGCAUAUGCCGAAGGUGUGACCGUUUCACUUUGGGAUGAGAUCAAAUCCACCAUGUCUGGGGAACUCGAAGCCGUCCUGAAGCAGAGGAAGUGGCCCAAGAUUGACACCCAUUUGCAGAUGGAUGAAGAAUGGAUCAAUCGCAUUGAGAAGCUCGUCGAUCUUCAAAAGCCAGAAAUAGCACACACCGACAAGAUUGUUACGUUGCUACCAUUUGAAAUCAUGGCCUCCAUCUUUGUCUCCGAGUUUCGUUUCCAUUUUCUCAGCGACAAGCCAACAAGCGGUGCCCAGGCUUUUGGAACUCAUUGUCUCCCAUGGUUUAUCGCACUGGUUGAGAAAUGGGAAGAUUUCUUCCGGGAUAAUCUGGGCUAUUUGCUAGCAGAGAAGUUCCGGGACACUGCUGUAGCGACCAACCUGGCUUAUAUCGACCCUGUUUCUGCCUUUAUUACCUCACUACUACCAGUGCUGAAGGAGAAGACCUCAUCAGUAGCACUCGAAGCUAUCAAGAGUCCCUCCUUCCUGAGUAGUUUCAUGUCACAGCUGAUGGCAUUUGACGAGAAUGUUCGCUACAAGUUUAACUACGACGGCGGCGACGUUGAAAACGGAUGGCCUGGCUUAACCGCACAUAUACUGGACGACCACUUUGAUACGUGGUUCAAGGCCGAGAAGGAUUUCGCUCUUGAGAGAUAUAACACUAUCAUGGAGUCUCAAGAUGCUCGCAAUAUCGAUUACGAUUAUGCGCUCCAGGGCAAGAUGAAGCCAACAUAUGCUUCUGUGCGUGUCACUGAUCUUCUGCGAUCUGUGACAAGUCAGUACGAGAGAGUGCGUACCUUCAAGCACAAAAUUCGCUUCUUGAUUGGCAUUCAACUUGAAAUCUUGGAUGCUUAUCACGAUCGCCUCCGAGACUCGCUUCAGGCUUAUCAGAGCAUGUCUACGACCUUUGGUCGCACUCUAGCCGCGAAUAAGGAAGACCUCGCUGUUCUUGAGGGCACAGGUGGUUUCGAGGUGCUCUGCAAAGUGAUUGGCAGUGCUGAUCACAUUGUCAAUACUCUGAAAGACUGGAGCAACGAGGAGUUCUUUGUCUCUUUGUGGGAUGAACUUCAGACUCGAGCUUUGCAUAGAUCAAGCCAGGGCAACAACAUUACGAGUACCAUGAGUUACGAUGAUGUGAAGGACCGCACGUCUACGGCAGUGGGAGAGAAACAUGAAGAUGGGGCUCUAUUUGAUGAGACAGCGAGUGCCUAUAACAUGCGACGCAAGGCUGCUCAAGAACUUCUCGUUGGCGCUUUGGUCGAGUCGCACAAUAAAGCCUUCCGGGCAUACACCACCCGUGUUCAAUGGACAACUGUUGGUGAAACUGCUAUCCUUGAUGAGCUUGCUAUUACGCCAGAACUUGAUGAGCCACUUCGCAUCCUCCAACGUAACUUUGACUUUCUCAUCAGAGCUCUUUCAACUGCAAUGUUCCGCCGCGUCUGCCGCGAAGCCCUUGUUAAGCUUCAAGAUUAUCUAUGGCAAAGUGUCCUUAUGCGUCAGUCGUUCACCACUUAUGGUGCAGCCCAGUUCCGUCGCGAUGGCGCUGCCUUGGUUUCUACUAUCGAACGCUACAUCCCCAAUGGUUCAUCCGUCCUUGAUAACUUGACUGAGGGUAUGCAGCUUCUGAGUCUUCCGGUUGAAGCGGGUGAGACAAGUGGCUUGACACUCAAGGACGCUAGCGAUCGAGUCUUCACUGACAACGAAGAGGCACGCAAGGUACUCGAGGAACUCCAUCUUGAAGGGUUAUCACCGCAAGGCGCAAGAAACAUUCUGCAGCGUCGUGUCGAGAAUAACGAGAACGUAGGGUGGUAA